GGAGCCGCCUGCUGGGCCCCCCGGAGCGGCCAGUCCCGUCCCCGGGGCGCGGCGUGCAGGCUGCCGAGGUGCACAAGGCCGUGCAGGUCGGUUCCCCGGCCCAGCGGGAAAAACAGCUACAGCAGCCGGACUCGGACCCACGCCCAGCAGAUGCUGACAGGCCCCGGGAGAGUUUAAAAAAUCCAAAGGCCCAGAAGGAUUCGAAGGAAGUCGUUUUCCACAGUAAGGCCAACUCUGGUACCGCGGGCCCUGUGGAGCAUGGCGAAACCAACCCUGUUUGCUCAGAGGCUGGCGGCGUGGGGAGUGUUAGCCCCCCAGAUGGGGCAGUCACAGGCUGGGACGCUGACGCGAACACGUUUUGCCCCCCUCCUCUGUAUUACACUCACAGGACCCAAGAAAAAAGGCCUCCUCUACAGGGUAAAAUCACCAUCGAGCCUCAAGUGAAUGUACCCGAGGAAUUGCAUGGUGCCUUUCCAGAAGAAAAACUUGUAACCCCCCCAGCACAUGCUAAUCUUCUAAAACCUGCAGGUUCUGCAGCACAGGAGAGCCCUGCGGUGCUUAAUCUUCCACAUGUCCAGGAUGUAGGAGCCAGUGAUCAAAGCGCAUGUCACCCUCAAACUGAACAGAGUAGAAUUAAUACAAUAAGGCAGUUGCCUUUGUUAAAUGCUUUGUUGGUUGAGUUGUCCUUGUUAUACAGCCAGCCCGUGGCAAGCCCUGUUCAUAUACAUCCCCACUUAGCCUGGUUAUAUAGAACUGAGGAUAGGAAGUCGCCAGAAUCUACUGCCAAGUCCACCACCGGUAAAGCUGAAUCAAAGGAAGAUAAGCUUUCUGUGGGGGAAAAUGAAAAAUCAGUGAGUCUUCAGUAUAAAAAUGAUCAAGUUGAAAAUCUUAAGAAAGGUAAAUAUUUUGAAAAGAACAACAGUGCCUCCCAAAAAAGAGUCCCAAGGGGUAAGCUACUCUAUGGCUUAACAAAUACACUUAAACUACGUUUAAAGCAAACAAAUCCUGCUAUGUUGGUAGUACAUGAAAAGAGAGAACAGUAUAGAAAGGUGCAAGCACAAGUGUUAGGUGCAAAACUCAGAAAUCCAUCAUCCAUAGUUAAAGUAUUCAGCUUUGCAGAACGUCAGAAGCCACUUCAAUUGCCUAAAGAUAAGUAUUUAGAAUCAGAUACAACUUUUGCUGAAAAUUGUGAUUCUUCAAAGCUGAUUAGUGGAGUUUUUAAUGACCCCAGUACAACUAAAGAAACAAAACUGAAAAGUGCAACUGAAAAGACAGUUGACUAUGGUGAAACUAGAACCAAAAAUAGUUCAUUGGAAGAAAUUGUGAGUCCUGCAGAUUCCAUUGUUCCAGAAAGAUUUGCUCAUACAAAUACUUUGGAAGGAAAAGUAGAGAUGAAAGUCCAAAGUCCAUUUCUUUUCCAACAGGUUGCAGUUGUUGACAAAAUUGUAAUAGAUAAAGAUGAGAAAACCACUGAUAAUGACAUUCUUACUGCUGAUAAAAAUGAUAGUAAACCAAGUAAAAAUAGUUGUUCUGAAAGCAUCUCAGAACUAAAAUAUUCAGAUGACUUCACCAGUCCUUGCUAUUCUGAGGAUUUCUGUACUACUGAGGAUACCAGCAGAAUUUUACAGGCUCAUGACAGAAGUCCAGAGGCAGAAAAUCCAAAACAUAGUCAAUGUAAGAGUAAGUCUAGUGAAACCAGAUUGUCCAUAAGGAAAAACAGCAGUGAAAAGAGUUUUAUUCUUAGUCCACCUUUUUCAGCUGGAUCGCCAGUACACUCAUAUAAAAGAUUUCACAUUUCAGAGACUCAAGAUAAAAGUUUAGAGGAAGCAUCUACUAUCUCGACCAGUGAUUUAUCUUCAUAUUGGACUGAGGAAAAAGAAAACCAGAUAGACCAAAAUGGUAUUCAUAAUUCUAAAGUUAUAAAGAGUGCUCAAGACAUCUCUAUGAAACUUAAAACAAGAACAGAUUGCAAGUCUUUAGAAAAAAGCCAAUCAAUCCAGACAUCUCAAGGAGAUGUAUUUUCAAUUAAAGCUGCAGUCGGGAAAUGAGCUCUUGCUUCCAGAAGGUGUAAACUUCCCCA